UCCAGGCUGAUGGAUGGGGAGACGUCGCCGCGCACUUGUUUGGCCAGAAUCAAAUCUCCAGAAUCCUGAACUUUACUAAAAAUGUUCGUCGACAUUAAUGUGAAAAUACAGAUUCCGGGGGACACUGGGCAGAGACCUUGUUGUUAUGUGUGGAUAACAGACGGAAAGAUUCGGGGGAAAUGUCUCCAGCAACACGAGGCUCGGGCUGAACCAGCAGCUGGGGACCGGGUCCAGGAGGCAGCGCCGGGGGGGGGGGGGGGGGGGGGCCGAGGCCUGGGAUCCUGCCGUGCCGCCGGAGGCCUGGCCGAGGCCCCGGACCCCGGGUGGAGCCGCCCCCUCCCCGCGGCCCCGCCCCGUCCGGCCCGCCGAUGAUCCCCGGCGCGGGAGAGGCGGCGCAGUCGGGCCGGGCCGGGCUGGGCCGAGCCGCGAUGCUGCUGCGGGGACUGAGCCGCCUGUGGACGGAACGUCGCCUCGCCGCCACCCCCGGGCCCCGCUGGGCCGCCGCCGGCCUCCGGCUCCUCUCCUCCGGCACCGUUGGGCUUCGCGAGCAGACGCUGGUGGCAGUGAAACCAGACGGAGUCCAGAGGAGGCUCGUGGGGGAAAUUAUCCAGCGGUUCGAGAAAAGGGGUUUCCAGCUCGUGGGACUGAAACUGGUGCAGGCACCCCGAGAUGUCCUCUUGGCUCAUUACCAUGAUCUGGAGGAGAAGCCUUUCUACCCGGCAUUGAUCGAGUACAUGAGCUCAGGACCCAUCGUUGCCAUGGUUUGGGAAGGCCACAAUGUAGUGAAGGUGUCUCGGAUGAUGGUGGGUGCUACCAGUCCUGCUCAGGCACUUCCCGGGACCGUCCGCGGGGACCUGUGUGUUCACAUAAGCAGGAAUGCCAUCCAUGCCAGUGACUCGGUUGAAGUGGCCAAGAGGGAGAUCGGCCUGUGGUUCCAUCACAGCGAGCUGGUCGAGUGGAAAUGUUGUGCUCAGAGCAACACCUACAACAUAUAAACUCUGGAAUCGCCCACAACGCAAUCUACCUCCACUGACAGUGUCAACGUUACAUUCCAAAGCUGCAGGUCUGUCUGUUACAGAAACAUCUCCACCUGACCCUGACCCUGACCCUGACCCUGGUGGGACUCCCUCUCCCAACACACAGACUGGGUUCAGGCCGACCACUCCGAUAACUCCUGUAGGAUACGGAUUUGUAAUAAAAUGGUUCGUGCCAGCAGA